AUGCCUCCCAAAACAAAGUCUUCCAAAGCUACAGGUAGCGCCCGGCAAUCUUCCCAAGCAGGGCCCAGCCAAUCUUCCCAUGCAACACCAAGACAGCCCUCUCAACCAGGAGCCAGCUGGUCUUCUCGACUGGACGUCAGGGAGAAUCGUCAGCCAAAUGCUAGCCAGUCUUCAAAAGAUGCCCCAACCUUCGUUUUCCGAGGUGGAGGAGAUGUCUUUCCCGGUCAUCGUGAAGCGGGAUCGGUAGAGUUGUCUGGGUCAUCAGAGAAUGCUGCGACUGCCAGCAAUCCUCCCGGAUCACGAGACCCACCAGGUACUACAACACCUUUACCCUCAGAUCUGAAUGUGAUAAGCCCAGCACCCACGCUCGAGGAAUGGUAUGCAGCUGAGCAGAAUCCCUGGAGCACAUCUGUUAUAUCAAAACCAGAAAUGUCCGGCAUGGUUAGCAUUAAGAGACAAGCUAGCGCUAUGAGCGCAUCGAUAGAUUGCCAAUAUGAUGCCAUGCUCAAGGUCCAAACAAGCAUUGAGACGACGGAAAAAAUCAUCGCCAUCGUCAAGGCAAAAUUACAGCAAUUGGAGAGCCGGGAGAAGUCUGAAGCCAACGAGCUACAAAUACAGAGCUUCAAAAAGCAAAUUGUAGCAUUGCAGAAUUGGAUGCAGGUGAGGAAGGAAACGAUGACUGCGUGGGAAAAUAAUGGCAAACCGAAAUGGGUUGCUAUCGACAAGCUUAUAAUGCAGGUCAUGGCCAUGGCUCAAUGUUGGGCACACUGCCAACCGCCCGAGGAUAUGAGAGAUUUUAUUAUGCGAGAGAAGACAGUUUUAGACAGGCAGCAGGCGGAAGCUGUGCAACAGCGCCGCGUCAUGGAGGAACUCGAACAGAGGGUAAGACAGCUAAGGCGAAAAAUGGUUCAGCAUUUACCCAAGGACUUUGACACCGGGUGGGCCACCUACGAAGUGCAAGCACUCGAGAUCAACAAUGCCAUUGGAGAUCUGUGUGUGAGGAAGAAGCAAGCCUGGAGAAAAGUGGCAGACUGGGAGCUGGCUGAGAGGCAAUUGGAAGAUCUUCGCCAUCAUUACAACUCGAUGUUGUCACAGGCGGCUUCAACUGCCACCGAGCAUGCUGAACGAUAA